CCGGGCCCGGGGCGGGGGCUGUGGCAGCAGCUGCAGCAGCGGCGGCAGCAGCAGCGGCAGAGGCUGUUGCUGCUGCGGCGGAGGCUGCUUCUGGACGCGGCGCCCGGGCCGCGCAGCCGGAGCCCCAGCCCGGAGGCGUCGGGCGGUGCCAUCAGUGCUGCUGCUGCUGCCCUCCCGCCGCCGCCUGGGCCCCCGCCACUGCCGGGGCCCCGGACGCCGCCGUCCGCGCCCUCGUCGACCCCGCCUGCGUGUGCUCCCCAGCCGGGACGCCGCCCCCGGCCGGGUCUCCACUUCUUGGCGGCGCCUCCCAUGACAGCGCCCGCGCGAAGAUGGCUGCGAAGGGCGCACACGGCUCCCACCUGAAGGUAGAGGGCGAGCUGGAGCGCUGCCGCGCCGAGGGCCUCUGGCACCGCGUGCCCCUGCUGGUCCGGCAGAUGAAGGCGCUGGUCGUGCACGGCGGCGUAGGCAACCGGAGAUCCCUCCCCAGCGCCUUGUUCACCUCCCAGGACACCGAUGACUUUGAAAAAUUGCUCCUGGCCGAGUCCCUCCUGGAGCAGUGUUUGAAAGAGAACAAUGCCAAGAUAAAAGACUUCAUCCCUUUGCUGGAGAAGAAUGAGCCAAAGAUGAAUGAAGCCAAAAACUACCUGAGUAGUAUCCUCAACCAUGGGAAGCUGUCGCCGAGGUACAUGUGUGAGGCCAUGCUGAUCCUGGGCAAGCUGCAUUAUGUGGAGGGCUCCUACCGGGACGCCAUCAGCAUGUACGCGCGGGCCGGGAUCGAUGACAUGUCCAUGGAGAACAAGCCCCUGUAUCAGAUGCGGCUGCUGGCGGAGGCCUUUGUCAUCAAAGAACUGGCUCGGUGCCUACUGCUCCCUGUCUCCUGCUCUGUACUCUUUCCAGCACGCCUCCAGCUUCUUGGUGGUCAGAGGUCCUGCAGGGGAGGCCUCUCCCUGGAACGCCUCCCCAACUCCAUCGCCUCGCGCCACCGCAUGACUGAGAGGGAGGAGGAAGUGAUCACCUGCUUCGAGAGGGCCUCCUGGAUCGCCCAGGUGUUCCUGCAGGAACUGGAGAAGGUCGCUAAUAACACCACGUCGAGGCACCUGAAAGGCUCUCACCCCGUGGACUACGAGCUCACCUACUUCCUGGAAGCUGCCCUGCAGAGCGCGUACGUGACGAACCUGAAGAAGGGGAACAUCGUGAAAGGCAUGAGAGAGCUCCGGGAGAUCCUACGGACCGUGGAGACCAAAGCAACUCAGAACUUCAAAGUGGUGGCGGCCAAGCACCUGGCCGGGGUCCUGCUGCACUCCCUGAGCGAGGAGUGCUACUGGAGCCCCCUGUCCCAGCCUCUGCCCGAGUUCAUGAAUAAAGAGGAGAAUUCCUUCAUCAUGCAAGCCCUGCGCAAGCCUCACCUCUACGAAGGAGACAACCUCUACUGCCCAAAGGACAACAUCGAGGAAGCCCUCCUGUUGCUCCUCAUCAGCGAGUCCAUGGCUACUCGGGAUGUGGUGCUGAGCCGGGCGCCGGAGCAGGAGGAGGACCGGACAGUGAGCCUGAGGAAUGCGGCGGCCAUCUACGACCUGCUGAGCAUCACGCUGGGCAGGAGGGGGCAGUACGUCAUGCUGUCGGAGUGCCUGGAGCGAGCCAUGAAGUUUGCAUGUGGAGAAUUCCACCUUUGGUACCAAGUGGCCCUCUCCAUGGUGGCGUGCGGGAAGUCAGCCUACGCCGUGUCGCUGCUACGGGAGUGUGUGAAGCUGCGGCCCUCGGACCCCACCGUGCCCCUGAUGGCCGCCAAGGUCUGCAUCGGGACGCUGCACUGGCUGGAGGAGGCGGAGCACUUUGCCAUGAUGGUGAUCGACCGCGGGGAGGAAGCUGGGGAGUUCCUCUCCAAGGCCUACCUGGCGCUGGGCCUCACCUACAGCCUGCAGGCCACCGACGCGACUCUGAAAUGCAGGCAGGAUGAGCUGCACCGGAAAGCACUGCAGACGCUGGAGAGAGCCCAGCAGCUGGCACCUGACGACCCCCAGGUCAUCCUCUAUGUCUCCCUGCAGCUGGCCCUCGUCCGACAGAUCUCCAGCGCCAUGGAGCAGCUGCAGGAGGCCCUGAAGUUGUGCAGGGACGAUGCCAACGCGCUCCACCUGCUGGCUCUCCUCUUCUCCGCCCAGAAGCAUUACCAGCUCGCGCUGGACGUCAUCAACAUGGCCAUCACGGAGUACCCCGAGAACUUCAACCUGCUGUUCACCAAGGUGAAGCUGGAGCAGGUACUGAAAGGCCCAGAGGAAGCCCUCGUGACCUGCAGACAAAUGCUGCGCCUCUGGCAGGCCCUGUACAACUUCUCCCAGCUGGGAGGCCUGGAGAAGGAUGGCAGCCUCGGCGAGGGCGUCAUGCUGAAGAAGCAGAGUGGCCUACACCUGACUCUGCCGGAUGCCCACGAUGCAGACUCCGGCUCUCGGCGGGCAUCGUCCAUCGCAGCCUCGCGGCUAGAGGAGGCCAUGUCGGAGCUGACUAUGCACAGCUCUGUUUUGAAACAGGGCCCCAUGCAGCUGUGGACCACGCUGGAGCAGAUCUGGCUCCAGGCUGCUGAGCUGUUCAUGGAGCAGCAGCACCUCAAGGAGGCCGGUUUCUGCAUCCAGGAGGCCGCGGGCCUCUUCCCCACCUCGCACUCGGUACUGUACAUGCGGGGCCGGCUGGCCGAGAUGAAGGGCAGCCUGGAGGAGGCCAAGCAGCUGUACAAGGAGGCCCUCACGGUGAACCCCGACGGCGUGCGCAUCAUGCACAGCCUGGGUCUGAUGCUGUGUCGGCUGGGCCACAAGUCCCUGGCCCAGAAGGUGCUGCGGGACGCCGUGGAAAGGCAGAGCACCUGUCACGAGGCAUGGCAGGGCCUGGGCGAAGUGCUGCAGGCCCAGGGCCAGAGCGAGGCCGCCAUCGACUGCUUCCUCACUGCCCUGGAGCUGGAGUCCAGCAGCCCCGUGCUGCCCUUCUCCAUCAUCCCCAGAGAGCUCUGACUCCCCCGCACAGCAGGGUGGGGGUGUGAGGGGGCAGGAAGCAGGGAGCUUGGGUUGGGGGAGAAAUAGGACCUCAGGGAAAUACAUCUCUAGGGAACACUUCUGCAAGCUGCAGCCCUAGUUCUCCUCGCCUCCCCCACCCCACCCUGCAUUCCCUCCGGGGCCAGUUGGGUCUGGGAGCUGCUCAUCAAGCUGGGUGGACCAGAUUUGCAUCAAAAGCAAAUUCCUUGCUCUUUGGGACUCAGGCAUGGUGGCAUUUAUGAGCAAGGAAGUAGCUGGGAGGCCACGUCAACAUGGGGGCCCCUCCUCAGAGUAUCUGUGCAGCAUCUAAGCGUGUAGUCAGGUCUGAGUGGCUUGGUUACCUCCCCAUCUGGAAACCCCUCUCCCAUUCCUGCCCCCCUCCCUCCACAUCCCUGACCCCUGAUUUCCGGCUUUGCACAAGCUUUAGUCUCGAACCUCAGCUCUCUGCUCUCCAGCACCAAAGACGAACCUUGCAAGCUGCCCUCCGGCUGGGCCAGGAGUUUUCCCGGGUUCCUUCCGUGGCGCCUCAGGAGAGUCACGGUAACUGGACUUGCUCCUUGAGAGCCUCAAAGCUGUCCUUCACCCCCCUGUGCCUCUGUGCCUUGGGGAGCCCGCAGCCCCGGUCCCAUGUUCCAGUCUCAGGACAGGGUUUUGGAUCACUCUCAGGUCAUGCCCAGAGCAGUCACAGCUUGACUCCACCGGCAAGUGGGGAGGAGGUGGACCGCUGGGUUCCUCUCCCAGGCUGAGUUAGUGGAUAAUGCCUGGCGUUGACCUUUGCCUGGUGAGGCCAGUUGGGAUCCACUGUGCACCCCUCUGCUGCCAAGUGACCUCGGGGCCUCUGGUGUCUGGCCAGGGGCACAGCACUGGCCUUAACUAACCCUCCAUUUCCAUCCAUCUCCAUCUUCCUGGACACCCCAGCUAAAGCAGGCUGCUUAGACCCUAGGCCAUAGCCCCAGGAUGGACCUCAGGACACACACGUGGCUGCUGGACCCAGCCCUUUCCAGUAGCUUACAUCAGCACAUCCCUUCAAGCCUUACCUUUCUGGGCAAUAGGUACAAUGCUCGUCCCUCUGGAGAUGCGAGUCUCUGGGACUGUCCCAGCUCAUCUCACCACCCAUGACCCAUUCCUCGAGCUCUCUUGGGCAACCCAAGCCCCACCCUGGCCAUUUGGUUGUCUCUGCCCGGCACCUCCAACUGGUUGAACAGGCCUCUGGAUACUAGACACCUUUGUCUGCAGGGGACCUGGGUGCUGGUGGUGGG